CGUGACGCACAGUCAGCUGACGUAGCUACAGUUCUGUCAAGCUCUAAUUUUUGCAGUCGACCUUCGGGGAAUUUUUAUUCAUAGUUCACAUCUUUUCGAGUAAUGGCAAGCCAGUCUCAGGGUAUUCAGCAGUUGCUACAAGCUGAAAAACGGGCCGCGGAAAAGGUCGCUGAAGCCCGUAAACGGAAGAACAGACGUCUGAAGCAAGCCAAGGAGGAAGCUCAGGCAGAGAUUGAACAGUACCGUCUGCAAAGGGAAAAGGAGUUUAAAACCAAGGAGGCUGCGGCCCUGGGUUCUCAUGGUAACUCAGCUGUUGAGGUAGACAAAGAGACCCUGGACAAGAUGAGCCGCAUCCAGAAUAGUUACCAGCAAAACCGGGAAGCUGUACUGAACAACCUGCUGAAGAUGGUUUGCGACAUCAAACCAGAAAUCCAUGUCAAUUAUCGUGUUGCUGGAUAAACCUCCCCCUUCUAUCCACCAUUUUCAUCACAACAGCUUAAACACAAGGAACACUGAGACAAAGACUGGCAUUGUACAACUAUAAAGAUGUUUCAGUCCCAAUGUAUUGGAUCCAAAACCAGAUCACAUUGGUAGAUGAUUCCCACCCCCCGAUGAUAACUGAUGUCUGUGUUUGGGGGGGGGUUGUAGUUGGUAUUUAGUAUUCACCUGGAAGGUUUUAACAUUUCAACCUGCUGAGGUGUAAGUUAUACCUAUUGGUUACUGUAGAUGUUCAAGUAGAUGGUAGUUUUCUGGAUUGGGUCAAUGCAAGUCUUUGUCUCUGCAUUCUUUGUUACCUAUUAUUGUUGUCUUGUGAAAAAAACAAGUAUGUGUGUGUCUGCUGCUAACUAUGUAGUGUGCUGUUUAUUUAUAACCAACCACAAUGUUAUUGUAAUAUUUGAUCACUGUAUAGAAAGCAGGUUCUUUUCCCUGUGGCACAUUUAUCACACAAAUGUCUUGCUCCUCUUUCUGCAAAAUAUGAAUUCAUGGCUUCUAACUAUAAACUUGAUGUGAAGCAAACAUUCCUAUGUUUGAACUGGCUCUGAAAAUACAGAACGUGGUAAUAAAUGUUUGUGUGCGUG